GCUUUUCUGUUUAGCACGUGGAAAAACAACUUAACUGUUCAACGCGUGGAAAAUUUAUAUAUUUCUUGAAUUAAACGGCAUAUUUAGGCCCUAAAUAUGUCUCAACUAUACGUGCUGUAUGAACAUGCGGCUGGCUUCUCGCUCUUCUCUGUCAAGGAGUUCGAGGAGGUAUCCAUGUUUAUACCCCAAGUGGAGUCCUCGGUAACGGACAUAGCCAAGUUCAAUUCGAUUGUGAAGCUUGCAGGAUUUGCUCCUUUUAAAACGGCCAUUGCUGCUUUGGAGAACAUCAAUGCUAUCUCCGAGGGUAUUGUACCGCAGGACUUGUUGCAUUUUCUUGACGAUUUCUUCGCCAAGCUAAAGAAGAAGAAGUGCACACUAGGUAUAGCCGAUGCGAAGCUGGGCGCUGCUAUUACCGAAGCCGUGGGCGUGCAGUGCAGUCACUUUGGUGUGGUGCCUGAAAUACUGCGUGGUGUGCGUUUCCACUUUGCCAAGCUGGUGAAAGGUUUCACUGACAAGUCGGCUGGCGUAGCUCAGCUGGGUCUGGGACACAGCUACUCACGUGCCAAGGUCAAGUUCAAUGUGCAUCGUUCAGACAAUAUGAUUAUACAGUCGAUAGCAUUGUUGGAUCAGCUGGACAAAGAUGUUAAUACAUUUUCGAUGCGUAUACGCGAGUGGUACUCGUACCACUUCCCAGAGUUGGUCAAAAUUGUGCCUGAUAAUUACAUGUUUGCCAAGACAGCCAAGUUUAUUAAGGAUCGCAAGGAUCUGACGCAAGAUAAGCUCGAGCAGCUGGAAGAAAUUGUAAUGGAUUCAGCAAAGGCGCAAGCCAUCAUCGAUGCCGGCAAAAUGUCCAUGGGUAUGGACAUCUCGAUUGUUGAUUUGAUGAACAUUGAACUAUUCGCGGAGCGCGUUGUUAAGCUCUCCGAGUAUCGCAAAAAGCUUUCUACCUACUUGCACAACAAGAUGAACAUGGUGGCGCCAAAUCUUCAAUCGCUCAUUGGCGACCAAGUAGGAGCUCGCCUUAUAUCACAUGCCGGUAGCUUGACGAAUCUGGCCAAGUAUCCUGCAUCUACAGUACAAAUUUUAGGCGCAGAAAAGGCGCUCUUCCGUGCGCUCAAGACACGGUCCAACACACCCAAAUACGGUUUGAUUUAUCAUUCCUCGUUUAUUGGACGCGCUGGUCUGAAGAAUAAGGGUCGCAUUUCGCGUUUCCUGGCCAACAAGUGCUCCAUUGCCUCGCGUAUUGAUUGCUUCUUGGAGCAACCAACGAGCGUGUUUGGUGACACGCUAAAGCAACAAGUGGAGGAUCGUCUUAAGUUCUACGAGUCUGGUGAUGUGCCGCGCAAGAACAUUGAGGUUAUGAAAGAGGCCAUUGAGGCCGCUGGUCAGGAGAGCGCCUCUGCAGCGCAGUCUGCCAAGAAAUCGAAGAAAAGGAAGAAGCCCGCUGCUGAUGAUGAUACUGAAACGAAUGGCACUAGCAAUGGUAAUGGUGCAGCCUUAGUGGAGGAAGAGGAAAAUGGCAAUGGUGCUGCUGCUGAUGAGGAGCCUAAAAAGAAGAAAAAGAAGAAGAACAAGAACAAGCAAGCCGUGGAGGCGUAAUGACAACUAUUUUUAUAUCCACAUUUGCUUAGACUUAAGUUUCCAAAAUUUCUUUUACUUUAAGCACUUAUGCUGUAUUUUCAUUUACCUCAAAAUAAACAAU